AAAUAUACUGUUGACGUGGCCUGAACAGUGGAAACAGCACGUACGUAAGAAACCAACUAGCGUUAAGGUGAGACCGAAAAAAUAAUCCUGCGGAAUUAUGGGAAUUACCGUGGACCAUUAGCUGCACUGGUUUCUCAUGUAACAGAGUGAGGAAAAUGUCCAGUAGAAGUCAACACUAUGGGUUCCAGUCAGCCACCAUGGUGCAGCCGGCCAAUGGUGGCCAUGCCUACCUGUUUGGGACCAACGGCUCAGAAAACGACCUGUCGGAGGAGGAUGGAGAAAGCUUUGAGCUCCGAUCACGGGGUAAGGAGAGGCUGCGGAAGAGCACGUCCAAGGAGCGACUGGAUGACAUCAUCUACCUUAGCAGAGACGUCCAGGAGGGCGACACCCUGAACAGCAUUGCCCUGCAGUACCACUGCUCAGUGGCGGACAUUAAACGAGCCAACAACCUCCUGACAGAACAGGACUUCUUCGCUCUGCGUUCUAUAAAAAUUCCCGUGAGGCGUUUCAGUGUGCUCACAGAGACUCACAACGCCGGUCCUCCCAAAUCCGUCUCACCCACCGGGGUCAGACGGGUCGCCCAGGUUUCACCCGCCGCGCCUCUCCCCACAGAGUCCUCCACGGACUCCUGUUCUUCCACUGACAGCGUUGAAGGAUUCCUCCUGGAGAAGGACAAGGACAUUGAGCAGCUGGUGAAAUCCACGGGCCCGUCCCGGAGCAGCCUCAGCGAGGUCGUGUCGUCUUUGACAGUGCAGCAGCCGCUGCUGGGGGAGGCGGGGUAUAAACCAGCGCAGAGAAAGGACCCCUACUACGGAGCGGACUGGGGCAUGAGAUGGUGGACGGCCGUGGCCAUCAUGCUGUUUGUUGGCAUCAUCACACCUGUGUUUUAUCUGCUCUACUAUGAGGUUCUCAUGAAAGCCGAGGUUAGCCACCACGGUACCCCUAUCCAGACCAAUGGCGACGGGCAACAGGAACAGCUGAAAAGUAAAACUUUGGACGUUAACAGCAAAGACGGAGAUCCUGCGGAGGGACUUAAACUGCCCGCCCAAAUAAACCCACAGGGAGGCGGUGCAGACGAGGGCAAUGCUGUUAAAAAGUCAUUGCAUGAGAAAACAUAGCAGAACUUUGAUUCCCACAUGUCAUAAACUAAGUAAAUUAAUAUUUUUCCCUAUUUUCAAAAGGUCUUAUAUUGAUUAAAAUAGUUUAAAAGGAUUUGCUGGGAUCGACUGAAAACGGUAAAGGCAGGUAAAUGGGUAGUGUUGCAAUAAUGUUUGUUUCAGUCUAUUCAUUUAGAUGCUUUUGAAACUAGGAGCAUUGAAGGGCUGGAACUAACCUCACAUUGGAGUGGUAGGUCAGCUGUUGUACCCAGUAGGAAUUACAUGUUUUUCUUUGUAAUUUAUACUGGUGCAUUUAAGCCAGCUGUAAAGGAAUAUGUAUUUUAAAGACAUUAGAUGCAUUAUUUUUCUUUUAUUUAUUCCAUGAUAAAUCAGUGGCUGUAUCUUCAAAUGUUGAUGUCUUGCAACAUUUUUACAAAUCUUUUUUUUUUUUUUCCCAAAACAAGAUUGGAACUAAACCACUUACUGUUUUCAGAGGUAGACUGCUUCCACUGUGGUUGAUUAGGAUUAAUUUAUUGUGAAAGCAGCUUUAGUUUUACCAUCAGUAUUGAAAUUCCAGUUGAAACCUUGAUUCUAUUUUUUGCUGGCUAUUGAGAACCACCUCAUAGUUCCCAUUGAAAACUGGGAACAUGUUUUGACUUGUAAUCACGUGAACUUUUAGACCUUGCUAUAGCCCUUUUAUUUCAUCACAGUGUUAUUUUGAUUUUCUUUGACACAGCAUAAUUGAGAAAAUGACAGUAUGUGCCUUUAAACUGGUCCAGCUUGGAAAAUAAAUAAAUAUAUUUUCAAUA